AUGGGGAAGGGUGGUACAUGGAGCGGUGUUGACAAGGCCCAACCUAUUCAUAUUGAGGAAGGAGUUCUUAUUGGCGAUCUGAUGGGAGAUACCGCAUAUUACGUAAAGGAACUGGCAGAGUUCAUAGGCUAUUCUUUCUCAUUUGAAGAAGAGAAGGAAGGUACAACAGAGAAAAUAGUUAACUUACGUAGUUUUGAGAAUUUGAGCAAUUUGGAUGUCAAGACUAGGAAGCAUUGUCCAGGUAGCGCAGUGGAGAUGGAUAACAAUAGAUACUUCAGGAAAGGAAAGAUUGGAGUCUGGAAGAAUCAUUUGACAGUUGAGAUAGCAGAGGAGAUGGACCGGAUCACCGAGCAAAAGUUUGGCAAGAAUGGGUUGACAUAUCCAUCAAAGUCGUGA